CACACACACACACACACACACACACACACACACACAGACAAAGACACACAGCUGAUCCCACCUGAUCUAAACAUGUACUAAUACACACAUAUACAGCCACACACUCUCUCUCACACACACACCGAGCUCCAGCUGAUGGAUAUGAGUUUAGUUUGAGUAGUCAGGAUCAGUGCUGGUUAACUGAGGGUUAACUCGUCAUCUCUAUGAGCACUAGUGCUAGUAAUGGUACUGGUCAGCGUGAGGCGCUCGUAUCUCUGCACAUUCCUUUCUGUGUGCGACACUUUCUCCUGAAUGCUGAUAACGCUCGAGUGCUUCUAAACGGGGAAGCGGCUCUGAUAAGGUCUGCUCCAGAGCGGGAGCUGCUCAGUCGAGCUGAAGCGUCGCUGUGGUCAGCUGUGUCCAGCGCUGCGCUCCAAGCUCCUGUUUCAGUCAUGUCUGCUAAAGAAGCUGCUGGACCCACGGAUGGAGGUGUGGAGCUGACCGCUGAGGAUUCCCCAGCAGCCAUCGGAGCUGAUGCUGAUCCGAGUCCUGAUCUGAAUCCUGAUCUGAAUCCUGAUCCGAGUCCUGAUCUGAAUCCUGAUCUGAAUCCUGAUCUGAAUCAUGAUCCGAAUCCUGAUCUGAAUCCUGAUCUGAAUCCUGAUCUGAGUCCUGAUCUGAAUCCUGAUUCUAAUCCUGAUCUGAAGCAUGAUCCGAGUCCUGAUCUGAAUCCUGAUCCGAAUCCUGAUCCGAGUCCUGAUCCGAGUCGUGAUCUGAAUCCUGAUCCGAGUUGUGAUAAGAAUCCUGAUCCGAGUCCUGAUCCUAGUCCUGAUAUGAAUCCUGAUCCUAGUCCUGAUAUGAAUCCUGAUCCAAGUCCUGAAAAGAAUCCUGAUCUGAAUCCUGAUCCGAGUCCUGAUCUGAAGCCUCAUCUGAGUCCUGAUAUGAAUCCUGAUCCAAGUCCUGAUAUGAAUCCUGAUCCGAGUCCUGAUCUGAAGCCUCAUCUGAGUCCUGAUAUGAAUCCUGAUCCGAGUCCUGAUAUGAAUCCUGAUCCUAGUCCUGAUAUGAAUCCUGAUCCAAGUCCUGAAAAGAAUUCUGAUCUGAAUCCUGAUCCGAGUCCUGAUCUGAAGCCUCAUCUGAGUCCUGAUAUGAAUCCUGAUCCUAGUCCUGAUAUGAAUCCUAAUCCGAGUUCUGAUAUGAAUUCUGAUCCGAGUCCUGAUCUGAAGCCUCAUCUGAGUCCUGAUAUGAAUCCUGAUUCAAGUCCUGAUAUGAAUCCUGAUCCGAGUUCUGAUGCAAAUCCUGAUCCAAGUUUUGACCCUAAUGCUGAUCCGAACCCAGUGACCAGUGAGGUCACACACACAGAUGAUGGAGGAGAGAGUGUCUCAUCCGUUCACUGCGAGACAAAGGAUAUCAACAGCAGAAAGAAGCCGGUGAACGGCGUGUGCUCGUGUGUUCCUGAAACGUUAGAGAUUCUUCACGCUAAACACACUUCACAGCUUUACAGCGAGCUGCUGUAUCGGGAGGAUGGACGCAGGGAUCUGUGUGUGAGUCUGUACUCAGUUAUGCCUGACACGCCAGACAUGGAGUUCGCUCGAGAGAUGAGGGACCUGCAGAGUGAGGUCAAAUAUAAAGCGGACGGGAGGAAGAAGCUGUCCUGUAGUCUGUACUCUCAGCUGCCUGACACGACUGACACGCAACAUGCCAAACACAUGACAGAUCUGCAGAGCGACAAUAAAUACAGAGAAGCCGGUCGAAAAAACGCUUCCACGUCUCUGUACUCUCAACUGCCAGAAACCCUGGAGACUCAGCAUGCCAAAGAAGCGUACCAGCUACAGAGCCAGGUGCUGUACAAGGAGGGACAGAUGAGUGCAUGCGGCUCUCUGUUCUCCACGCUGAGCGACACGCCGGAGAUCCAGUUAGCGAGAGAGAUCACAGAGAGCGUGAGCGAGAAUAAAUACCGCGAGCAGAGCAAGAAGAGCAUCAGCUGCUGCGUUUACUCUCAGCUUCCAGAAACUCCAGAGAUGGAGUUCAGCCGGAGCGUCUCUGAGCUGCAGAGUCAGGUGAAGUAUAAGGAGGACAGUAAGCAGCAGAUGAGCAGAUCUCUGUACCAUCAGCUCCCAGAGACUCUAGAAACUCAACACGCUCGAGACGCCGCUCUCCUCCAGAGCCAGCUGAAGUACAGGCAGGGCCGGGCGUCUGUGACGGGCAGCAGUUUAUACUCUCUGAUGAGCGAGACGCCGCAGAACGAGUUUGUGAAGCAGCAGAUGGAGCUCCAGAGUGAGGUGGACGUCAUAAGAACAGGACGGAUCUCAUUGAAGUAUAAAGCUGACUUGCAGGAAAACUCCAGUAAUCUGUACUCGCUCAUGCCCGAGACGCUGGACACACAGUUCGCCAAACACACCACCGAAUUACAGAGUGACGUGAAGUAUAAGGAGGACAGUAAGCAGCAGAUGAGCAGAUCUCUGUACCAUCAGCUCCCAGAGACUCUAGAAACUCAACACGCUCGAGACGCCGCUCUCCUCCAGAGCCAGGUGGCCUAUAAAGACGUCAAGAAGAGCGAUUUCUCAGGCUCCUCCUUCACUGCGGUUCCAGACUCGUCAGAGAUGAAGUUUGUGCAGCAGAUCUCGCACGUGCUCAGUGAGAAAGAGUACCGCGAGGAGGGCCGCAGGAGCCUCUCGUCCAGCGCUUACUCUCAGCUGCCCGAGACUCCAGAGACACGGCUCGCUAGAUCCAUGACGGACCUGCAGAGCGAGGUGAAAUAUAAGGCGUCUGGGAAGAAGCAAGCGAGUGACUCGCUGUACGCCGUGCUGCCAGAGACGCUGGACACGCAACACGCUAAACACGCCACGGCGCUCAUCAGCGAGGUGAAAUACAAAGAGGACGGCAGACAGAACAUGUCCAGCCCGUUGUUCACUCGCCUGCCAGAGACGCUGCAGACGCAGACGGCCAGAGACAUCGCAGACGCACAGAGUCAGGUCAGAUACAAGCAGAACCACGAGCAGGUCAGUCUGUAUUCACUCCUGCCGCACACCGCUGACACUGAGUUCUCCAAACACAUGAGCGACGUCCAGAGCGAGCUUCUGUACAAGCAGGAGGGAAAGAAGGAAGCGGAGAGUAAUCUGUACAGCCUGAUGCCGCAGACGCUGCAGACCGAACACGCUAAAGACGCCUACGAGCUGCAGAGUCAUGUUAAAUAUAAAGAGAAGAACAGAACAGAUGUGUCUCUUUACACCCGUCUGCCUGAGAUUCAGGAAACAGAACGUGCCAAGCGCUCCGGAGAGCUGCUCAGUGAGGUGAAGUAUAGAGAGGCUGUGAAGAAGGACCUGUCCUCUCCGCUGUACUCACAGAUGAGUGACCCCGCAGUGAUCCAGCGGCUCCGAGAUCUGACCGCACUACAGAGUCAGGUUCAGUAUAAGACUGAAGGACAGAAGAUGAUGAGCUCCAGCGUUUAUUCUCAGAUGGCUGAGACUCCAGAGACAGAGUUCAUGAAGAAACUGACUGAACUCCAGAGCGACGUGAAGUAUAAGGAGGACAGUAAGCAGCAGAUGAGCAGAUCUCUGUACCAUCAGCUCCCAGAGACUCUAGAAACUCAACACGCUCGAGACGCCGCUCUCCUCCAGAGCCAGGUCAAGUAUAAAGAGAAGCCGGACUCCUCGUCUCUUUACUCUCGUCUGCCCGAGACGCCCGAGACUCGACUGGCCAGAGAGCUGACGGACGCCUGCAGCGAGGUCAGAUAUAAGGAGGAGGGGAAGAGAGAGGUGUCGUCCUGUCUGUACUCACAUCUACCCGAGACGCCGGAGACACAGUUCAGCAGACAGCAGACUGAGCUCCAGAGUCAGAAUCAGUACCGGAGAGAGACGCAGGAGGAUCUGUCUCACUGUCUUUACUCUCAGCUUCCUGAGACGCUGCACACACAGUUUGUGAAGGACGUGUCUCCUCUCAUCAGUGAGAGCAAAUACAGAGAGUCUGGUAAGAAGGAGAGCAGCACGUCUCUCUAUCACACGCUUCCAGAAACGAAAGACACGCAACACGCCAGAGACGCCUCGGAGAUCCAGAGCGAGGUCAAAUAUAAAGAAGGGAAGAAGCUGCAGUCGAGCAGUGUUUACUCUCAGCUGCCGCAGACGCCGCAGACGCAGUUCGCUGCUAAAGUCUCUGAGCUGCAGAGCGACAAUAAAUACAGAGAGGAGGGUAGGAAGAGCGUCUCCAGCUGCCUUUAUUCCCAGCUGCCCGAGACGCCAGAGACCCAGUUUGUCCGAACAGUGACUGAACUACAGAGCGACAGUAAAUAUAAAGAGGCAGGAAGGAAGCAGACGUCUGGUGCUCUCUAUUCUCUUCUGCCGGAGACUCUGGAGACUCAACACUCCAGAGACAUCACAAACCUCCUGAGUCAGACGAAAUACAAAGAGGCUGCGAAGAAAGAGGCUUCUGCCAGUCUGUAUGCUCUUCUGCCAGAGACGACUGAGACUCAGCACGCCAAAAACAUCUCUGAUCUCCUGAGCGAGAAUAAAUACAAGCGGAGCGGCAAACAGGAGAACAGCAGCAGUAUUUACUCUCAGCUGCCGCAAACACAGGAAACACAGUUUGCCAAACAGAUGGCGGAGCUUCAGAGUGAUAAUCAGUACCGGAGAGAGACGCAGGAGGAUCUGUCUCACUGUCUUUACUCUCAGCUUCCUGAGACGCUGCACACACAGUUUGUGAAGGACGUGUCUCCUCUCAUCAGUGAGAAUAAAUAUAAGGAGGAUGGAAAAAAGGAGUUGCAGAAGUGCUUGUACGCCCAGCUGCCUGAAACCAGCGAAACACAACACGCCCGAGAGCUGACACAACUCUACAGUCAAAAGAGCUACAGAGACUCUCCGGACGCUCAGGUGUGUUUGUACACUCAGAUGCCGCAGACCAUCGAGACGGUGUUCGCUAAAGAAGUGUCCAAACAGCAGAGUGACAAACUCUACAAAGAGAAGUUUAACUCAGAGAAAGGCAAAUCAACUUACUCACAGAUGAAGGAUCUGCCUGACGUCACACACGCUAUACAGGUCAACAAACACCAGAGCGAUGUGGAGUAUCGCAGAGGAAAAGAGGAGCUUCAUAAAUACAGCGAGGUGCUGGACAGACCGGACAUCCGGAGCGCCACACACGCCAGCAGACUGGCCAGCGACGUUCUCUACAGGAGUAAAGCAGAGGUGUUUGACCAGCGAGCGCUGCUGGAGCGACCCGACAUACAACACGCCAGAGACGCCUCACGACUGGCCAGCCAGGUCACCUACAAGAAGAAGCUUGAGAAGCCUCAGUACAACCCCAGCGAGUGUGUGAGCUUCAAACACACACAGGCCGCAUCGGCUCUGGCUAGUCAGGUGAAGUACAGUCAGAAGAAGCUGCAGGCUGUCACUGAUUUACCCAACCUGCUUCAUCUGGGUCAUGUGCUUCAUGCCAGCAAACUCCAGAGCAGCGUGGAGUACAGGAAGAAGUACGAGCAGUCCAAGGGGCGGUACCUGCUCGCUCUGGACACGGCUGAACAGCGCCACCAUCAGGAGAACUCUGUGCUGCACAGCCAGGUCAAAUAUAAAGAAGAAUACGAGAAGAGCCGAGGAAAGUCUCAGAUGGAGUUUGUGGACACACAGACAUAUAAAGUGUCCAAGGAAGCACAGAAGAUGCAGAGCGAGAAGGAGUAUCGUAGGGAGUAUGAGAGUCAGAUGAGAGGGAAGGUUCAGCUGGAGGUGGAUCAGACACCGGUUUAUCUGACGGCUCGUAACGCCAGCAGCCUCGUUAGUGAGAAGGAGUAUCGUAAGGAUCUAGAACAGGAAGUGAAAGGGAAAGGCCUGACAAGUCUCGAGGAAACACCAGAUCUGCUGCGGGCGAAAAACGCUGGACACAUUCUGAGUGAGAAAGAGUAUCGUAAGGAUCUUGAGCGUGAGAUCAGAGGGAAGGGAACCGACAUCACCGCAGACAGCCUGGAGAUCCAGAGAGCGAAGAAAGCGUCUGAGAUCAGCAGCGACGUGUCAUACAGACAGGCGUCUCAGCACCGAGAAUCAUCGUACGGUACAGUGACAGACACACCUGCGCUGCUGCACGCCGCUUACCUGAGAGACGUCUACAGUCAGAAGAAGUACCGUGGUGACAUGGAGCGUCUUAAGGGCUCAUGUUCUGCAGAAUCAGACACACCAGAGAUCCAGAGAGUGAAGAACAACCAGCGCAACAUCAGUGCUCUCUUCUACACGUGGGACUCGCGGCUGAUGAAGGGUCUGACGUCAUCGAUCGCUGACACUCCAGAGAUCAGACUGGCCCGAGAAAACUGCAAGAACAUCAGUGACGUUCAGUACAGGGAUUCGGUCGGAUCCGGAACAGCCGUCACUGACACUCCUGAGAUGGAGCGUGUGCGCAGGAACCAGCAAAACAUCAGCGACGUCAAAUAUAAGAAAGCUGUGGAUCCGGUCAGUGUGGGAGUGACACCAGAGCUGGAGAGAAUCAGACAGAACCAACAGAACAUCAGCACGGUGCAGUACCAGCGUGGUCUGCAGGAGGUCAAAGGUCGCUCCUGCUCAGAGAUGGACACGCCCGAAAUGAGGCGUGUGCGGAAAUCUCAGGACUCUGUUUCCAUGGCUAAGUAUCACGAGGAGUUCGAGCGCUUGAGGGGUCGAGGCGCCACACACACCCUCGACGAGCAGCACAUGGCACAUCUCCAUGGAGACCAACUCAUGGGCCCCGGCGACGGUUACCAUGGCGUCCAGCCGCAGGUGGUUGAGAUGGACCGCAGAUCGGCAGGAGCCGCUGAGCUGAAGGUCUGGAGGACCGACCCGGGCUCCAUCUUUGACUUUGAUCCAGUGGAGGACAAUAUUCAGUCUAAAAGCCUGCGCAGGAUGACGGAGCGCGUCCCCCAGCAGCCAUCUGCGCAGUCUCUGUGCUCUGAGCUCUCGUCCGUCUGCAGCAGUGCGUCUGCGUCACAGGACCUCUCCGCUUCAGGUGUGUUCCAGCAUCAUUCCCAUCAUGCUCCACAGCAUCAGCAGAGUUACGCUCACAUGCAGGCUGUCCGCAGCGUUCGCUCUCCUCCACACACAUCCUCCACGCAGAGAGUGUAUCGAGCGCUGUACGAUUACGCCGCUCAGGAUCACGACGAGGUUUCCUUCCGUGACGGAGACGUGAUCGUUAACGCUCAGCCCAUCGACGAGGGAUGGAUGUUCGGCACGGUCCAGCGCACCGGACGCUCCGGCAUGCUUCCGGCCAACUACGUGGAGUGUCUGCACUGAGACCACGAACACACACACACACACACACACACACACACACACACACACACACACACACACACACACACACACACACACACACACA